CUUCUAAUCAAACACCACAUUUUUCUACCCAACAUCAAAUAGCCAAUUUUUACAAAUGUUGAAUGACGACUAGAAACUAGAAAUUAGAGACAUCGAGUUCUAACGCGUUUAUUAUAUUAAACAGUCAGUGCUAUCGUAAAAAUCAAUCUGCCAACACCAGACUAGUCAAAUACUCAAAUUAAUUAAACUUAUUUUUCCAAAACUCAAAUUUUAUUUCACUACAAUUUUCAGGAUCCUUUCACUCCUUUCUCUGGGAGUUCUACCAUUAAACCGUAAACUUCAAGUCCAGUAUUCAAAUCAAUUGUGUCUUUCUCAACUGCUCCAUCAUAAAGAUUGUCCCCACAAAGCGGGGUUUCGAGGAAGGAUCCAAUUAUUUGAUAUAGAUGCAUGCUUAACAUACUUUGUUAAUUUGGUUAUGCUUAACAUACUUUUAGCAUGCCCAUGACACUCCUAAUCUUGUUGUAGCUUUGUGUAAUUGAUUGGUGCUGGAGCUAUCUGUGGUCGCGUGGUUUUCCCUCCACAGAUGAUAUUGUGUUCGAACGAGGAAUUUUUAGGAUAUGGGUUGAGAAUUGAGAUGCUUAUAUUGUCCUUGGAGAAAAAGAGAUGAUCGGCUUUUUUGUCGUGGAAUUUGGUUUUAUUGAGUCCCGCACUAAGAAAAUGGUAAUAAGAUGCUAGUUACAUGAACCCGUUGAGUGAUCUAGCUUGUGUCUCUUUUCAUCGCUCUUGGCUUCACGUGCUUUCUAAAUUGGGGUUGCAUGUACAUUGUUCAUUGGUGAGUGUUACUUUGCCUAGGAAAGAAGUCGACGCUAUUUGUUAGAGUUAGUGAUGAAGGCAAUGAAGAAAUGGUAUGCGGGCGUUAUGGUUGCGUCAAUCUUUAUGUUGUUGAUGCUACGAUAUACCAUCAAGCAAAAUCCAACUGGGAAAAUUUCUUUGACAGGCUCUGUUUCAGUCAAUACGACUAAUCCAUUUGAAUGGGUUAAUACUAAUCCUCUCGAAUGGAUAAGCUCUACUGCUACACGUGAGGUUAAAAGUCAUCAGAUCGAAACACAAGUAAUUCCCGCAGAUAAUCUAACCUCUAGUCUUUUUGUUCGAAGGAACCUUACAAAGGAAGAGCGAAAUUCCUUGCUAACUUGGAACGAGCUGAAGCACUUGAUUAAUCAUUCUCAGGUUUUGCCAAAUUCCAUUGGAGCCGUCAAAGAAGCUUCACAUGCAUGGAUUGGCCUUAUGACUGCAGUUGAAGAGGAAAAGCUUCAUGCAAAUGACAGUACUUCCGGGAAAGUAAAAGAAAAACAGUGUCCACACUAUCUUAAGAGGAUGAAAGACUUAGAACUUAAUGACAGUGAUUUUAGGUUAGGGGUUCCUUGUGGAUUGACCCAAGGCUCUUCUGUUACGAUAAUUGGCAUUCCAAAUGGCUUACUUGGUAAUUUUCGGAUUGAUUUAACCGGGGAACAUAUUCCCGGAGAGCCAGAUCCACCUAUUAUAUUGCACUAUAAUGUUAGGCUGCAUGGAGAUCAGGUUACCGAAGACCCUGUUAUUGUUCAAAACACCUGGACUGCGGCACAUGAUUGGGGUGAAGAGGAUCGUUGCCCACCUUCUGAACCUAACAGUAAUAAAAAAGUUGAUGAGCUUGAUCAGUGCAAUGAAAUGGUGGGUAAGGAAUUCAAUCAAACAAUGAAGGCAGCCAUACAUGUGAAUGGUUCUAAAAGUUCUUCACAGAUUCAUGAUGGGUUCAAAAGAAGACGAUACUUCCCUUUCAGACAGGGCUAUCCAUUUGUUGCUACACUUAGGGUGGGGUCCGAGGGAAUACAGAUGACCGUUGAUGGGAAACACGUAACUUCAUUUGCUUAUCGUGAGACCUUGGAGCCUUGGCUUGUUAGUGAAGUUAGAAUAUCCGGAGAUCUGCAAUUAAUUUCAAUCAUUGCAAGUGGUCUACCCACUUCUGAAGAGUUGGACCAUGUUCGUGAUUUGGAAACUCUUAAGGCUGUUCCUAUUGCACAUGGAAAGCCUUUAGAUCUAUUUGUCGGAGUUUUCUCUACUGCUAACAACUUUAAACGUCGAAUGGCUGUCCGAAGAACUUGGAUGCAAUACCCACAAGUGCGAUCAGGGUCUGUUGCUGUGCGGUUUUUUGUUGGUUUGCAUAUAAACCAAAGAGUGAAUGAAGAACUUUGGAAUGAAGCCCGCACUUACGGGGACGUGCAGUUGAUGCCAUUUGUUGACUAUUAUAGCUUGAUUACAUGGAAGACCGUUGCCAUUUGUAUUUUUGGAACACACGUCGUUUCAGCAAAGUAUGUCAUGAAGACAGAUGAUGAUGCUUUUGUUCGUGUUGAUGAAGUGAUAGCUUCCAUGGAUAGGAUUAACGUGACUCGUGGAUUACUUUAUGGGCUCAUCAACUCUGACUCAAGACCUCAUCGGAGUCCUGACAGUAAAUGGUUCAUUAGUUAUGAGGAAUGGUCUGAAGAAACUUACCCGCCUUGGGCACACGGUCCUGGUUAUGUUGUGUCACAUGACAUUGCAAAGGCUAUCUCGCAGAGACAUCGAAGCGGGAAAUUGAAGAUGUUUAAGUUGGAGGAUGUGGCAAUGGGCAUCUGGAUUGCGGACUUGAAGAAAGAAGGGCUCAACAUCAGGUACGAGAACGAGAUAAGAGUGUAUAAUGAGGGAUGUAAGGAUGGAUAUGUUGUUGCACACUAUCAAGGACCACGAGACAUGCUAUGUUUAUGGCAAAAACUUCAAGAAGCUAAACGCGCUUUCUGUUGCGGAGAUGGUAUGAGCUGAGAUUUUUUUUGUGACAUCUGACUGAUGAUAGAACAACCCAUUUGGUUUCGGCAUAGAUUUAGUUGUAGGACGUAGUGAUACGCGUUAGUAGGAUUUGCAUAUAGAGAAGGCAUUAGCUUAUUCUUUUACCCCUCGACUCUUUGAGGGCGAGUAGUUUGCUUUCGAUGGGUUCAUUUAGCCAUAUUCAGGUUUGUAUCAUAUUUGAAGUUACAUAUGUAUCUAUUGGUUCUUGUAUAGAAGUAGAAGAGGGUGGAAAUUAUUAUGCAUCUUUAAAGCUACCAAGUUACCUUGAAUGGUUAUUAUCCUUUUUUUUCUUCUUGAGUUUUGUGAAGAUUUUAUGGCUAUUUUUUUUCAAAUUUUGGAAAUUAUGUUCGUAUAUAACCUUCUACUUCCAACUAAUGUUAUUAAUUGAAUUUAUACAUUGGAUAAUGUGCGUAAUUACAUUAGAUCAAAUCACAUAUGUGUAGAAAGGGAACGAACAUUAGUAUUUUUUAAGUACAUGAUAGGCCGUCUGAAGAAGAGAGUUAAGGAAGGGAUAGUAAAAUUGAAUUAAAAAAUCUUGCCUAAGGAAAGAGAUACAUGUUUUAGCUGAAAUAAGAUUUGA